AUGAAUAAUAUAAAGUGUGUGCUGGUGGGUGACAGUGCAUCAGAAAAGACCUCCCUACUCGUCUCCUACACCUCCAAGUGUUCUUUUGAAUACUUCCCCACAGUGUUUGACAGUUAUGCUGUGACUGUGAUGAUUGGUGGGGUGCCAUAUAAUCUGGGACUGUCAAAUACCGCAGGUCAGGAGGACUACGAUAGACUGCGACCUCUUGCCUAUCCUCAGACUGAUAUCUUCCUCGUCUGUUUCUCUGUUGUAUCACCCUCCUCCUUUCAGAACGUGAAACUCAAGUGGGUGCCAGAGAUUUCACACCACUGCCCGCAGACGCCCUUCCUGCUGGUCGGGACUCAGGUGGAUCUGAGAGAUGACAGCAACACUCUGGAGAAACUGGCCAAGAUGAACGAGAAAGCCGUAACCUAUCAGAAUGGAGAGGAAAUGGCCCAUGAGCUCAAAGCUGUCAAAUACAUGGAGUGUUCAGCUGUCACGAAGAAAGGACUGGAGAACGUAUUUGAUGAGGCCAUCCUGGCAGCUCUGGCACCCUCAGAAAAUAAACCCAAACAAAAGCAUUGCAUCCUUCUAUAGAUGCUGGAAGAGCAGGAGGAGAACAAAUGGGCAGACGGGAUAAAGAUGAAAGAUGAACCUCAAUAUGAACAUAGGGAGUGUUAGUGAUGUAGACACACUUGUACUGGAGCUAAAGGUUUAUUUAUUUUAAUGGAUUUAUUUUACUCUGAUAUGAUUAACACUUUGUUAAAAGUUUGAACCUCAGAUGCCUUGGACAUACAAACAUCAUGGAGUCACAUUCACAACUGCAACUGGAAAAUUAUUUCUAUGUCUUUGUAGA